UAGCAGAAAAGGCCGGGUUUGGCGAUCGAUCAUGAAGACUGUUGCUGUAUUCGUCGUUGCGUUCAUCUUGGUGGUAGCAACUCUGCAAGCCAGUGCAGAAGGGCGUCAUCGCCUAAAUAUUGAAGGGACUCAUGGGCGAAAGGAUAAUGUUGGUGGCGGUGAUGCAAAAGGUCAACAUGCAGCAGCCAACAAGGGCGCCGGCGCUGUGAGCUCGGACGAGAAAGCCAACAACGGCGAUGCGGAUGAAGUGAACCCAACCUACCAGAGCUAUUCUAAUUCUGGAACAUCCCCCGGAACUCACCAUUAUUACCCGGAUGACAAGAGGCCCAGCCGGCACUGAGCUUGUGAGCUACAAGAAUGCAUGCAUGCAUGGAGCUUGUAUGUGUAUGUGUAUGGUGUGGCUUUGAAUAAAGUGAAACCAACAUGCAUGGUAGCCAAAAAAAAGAUAUGUAUGUAUGUAUGUAUCUAUGGCACAUGUUUAGUUUCACCAUGAUGAUGAAGCGAUCUUCAGUACUUUAUCUAAAUUGUCUAUUGUUUGUGUACGUGUGCGACAGGCUUUUCAUGG